CGAUCUACGCAGUACUGCAUCACGACUUGAUAUCACAGCCGCCUUGAUUCCAUUUGGAUCAGUUUACGAUUCCAGAAGAUCUCGCAGCAGAGGUAAUUGCGCCAUUUCCUCUUUCCCACUCUGGGCACGCACUCGUUGCUGCUCUACGCCCGUCCGUCCCUCGACGCGCCGUAUACUCCAUAUACAUACAAAGUCUAUCAAGUAUCAACCCUGUGGUUGAUACGACUUUAUAAUCAUCGUUGUCAACAAUUGCUGAGAUCCGAUUUUGCCAGCAAUGACAGAGCAAGACAAUUCUUAUCGACCCCGUUCUCCCGACUUCUCCACCUUCCAGCCCACCAUUCCCUCCCAACCCGUUUACCAAUUCCCGGGCCACCUCUCCCACCGCGCUUCUUACGACGCCUCACCCUUCUUCACCCCGCAAUACCAACAACCACCAGUCGCGUCGACGAGGGCAAGCCAGCAAUACGUCCCUCCCUUCGCUGAUAACAGUUACGAGUCCGAAAUGGCUCGCCGAUCCUCUCGUUUGGCGCGUUCACUUGACGUCGCGCCGGUACCAGAGCCAAAGUACAUGGAGCCCGUUUCUCCAGAGGAGCCACAAGAGCCCGCGGGGCCGCUAGAGCCUUUAGAACCCCUAGAGCCUCCCAAGGUAGACCCAGCUGCAAGUAUUGAGGUUAAGACCAAAUUUCCGGUUGCGCGCAUCAAGCGCAUCAUGCAGGCCGAUGAAGAUGUAGGCAAGGUCGCGCAAGUGACGCCUAUUGCUGUCUCCAAAGCACUCGAACUUUUCAUGAUCUCACUUGUCACAAAAGCGGCCAAAGAAGCCAAAGACCGGAAUUCGAAACGCGUGACCGCGUCGCAUCUCAAGCAAGCGGUUUCGAAGGAUGAAGUAUUAGAUUUCCUGGCAGAGAUCAUCGCCAAGGUCCCAGAUCAACCGACCGGGCGAAAGCACGAGGACGAUGGAAGCGAUCAAAACGAGCAACCGAAACGGAAACGUGGCGGUCGGCGUCCAAAGGAUGAUAGCGAUUGAAUUCUUGCAAUCAUUAAUCAUUCUGUUUCUUCGUGUUUUUAUUUGGGAUGAUGGGUAGCGUUUCUUUUGUGUUUAGACCGGGAUGGUGCGCAAAUACUUUCGGCGUUGUGGAGGUGGUCCGGCGUGCACCCUCGAUGUGAAUAGGGCUUUAAUCUUGUUUAUUAUUU